AUUGUGAAUUACAUAUUUACCAAUAAAUAAGAGGAAGAGCCGAAAUGCAUAUUCCUAGUUUUGUUUACAAAAUUGAACUAUUCUUCAAUUGUUUUUUCUGCAUGUAAAGAAAAACAUUCAAAUGAGUUCUCAAUUAGACGAUAUUCAAUUAGUUAAAUUAGUUCAAUCGCAUCCCAUUUUGUACGACAAAGAUCUGGCAAGAGGACAUCGCAAUGCUUCUAUGAAAGAUGAGAUUUGGCACAAGUUAUCACUACAAUUAAACUGUUCUGAACGUGCUUGUAUUACGAGAUGGAAAAGUAUUCGUGACCGCUUUGGAAAGGAGCUGCGAAGGGCGCAAGAAAACCCUGAGGAGGUCGUGAGCUGGGAGAUGUUUGAACAUCUAUUAUUUCUGAAAGAUCAUUACAAACAUGGGCAGACAACUUCCUAUGGGGUUCUUAAUAUAAAAUAUGAACCAAAGAAAAGAAAACGAGGUCGCAAACGACGAAUAGAAUGCAGCGAUGAAUUAUCCAAAGACGAUCGAAAUGAUGACGACAUUGAUCCUGAGGAAUUAAUUGAAAAUCAACAACUAAUUGAGUUAGUGAAGGAACAUCCUGUGUUAUAUGAUAAAUAUAAAAUUCGAGAUUCGAAAAACUUGACGCUAAAAAAUGAUGCAUGGUUUUCAAUUUCUGAGAGUAUGGGAAUAUCAGAGGAGAUAUGUCAUAAGCGCUGGAAGAAAUUACGAGAUCGUUUUGCGCGCGAGUACCGCCAUCAACAAUUGUAUCCAGAUCGACCGACUACUUGGGUAUAUUUUCAAGAUUUGACUUUUUUGGAAGAGCAUUAUAGAAAAGGUAUUCCACUUCCGGUAGAUGCAAUUAGACAAAGAAAAAAAGCAAAAUCUGCAACAUUAUCCGUUGAAGAAUCCUGGGGUGACGAUUGCCCAUUCUUAUAUGUUAAAGAUGAAGAUCAAAUUAAAGAAAAUUCGGAUGACAUUGAUCAAGAAUUCAGUGAAAUGAGUUCAGCAUGCUUAGAUGAUCUUAUUAUUGAGCCUAAAUGCAGCGAACCAAAUGAUCAACUAGUCACCGAAGUUACUAUGCAUAAUUCGUUAACGAUGCCUACGACCGAAUUUCAGUCAAAUAAACUUUCAAUUGAUAGGGAUGAACCUGAAAAAAAGCUUUCAACUUUAAUUUCGGGAAUUGAAAACGUAUUGCAGCAAUCACAGGAUUGUCUGAAAUCAUUACAAAAACAAAAUGAACAACAAAAACGUCACUUACUAUCCAAGGAAUAUUCCACAUUUGAUUCCAAUAUAAGUAUGCUGCAGAAAAUACACGUUUUACUGGAUGGGUUGAGUGAAAGGCAUCGAAAUUUGGCAGAGCGUCGAAUAAUACAAUUUCUAUGCGAAUGCCAAAUUAAUUCAUUAAACGAUGUUGAUGUGGAAGACGUAGAUUGCUCGCUAGAUUUUUAACUGUAUUUUAUGUUUAUAUUUUUCUAAUUAUGUUGUAAUAAUAAGAUCAUGUACAAACCAAAUUUCCGGUAAAAAGAUUUUUUUCUUUGCCAGAAUAGGUGGAGUGGCUCCAAUGAAACCGCAAAACUCAUCAAAAGGUGGUAUAUAAACACCAUUGCUGGCGCUGUGCAUCGGACAUAUUCUAUAUUUUCGUUAUAACAUACACUUGUGAAUUCGCCUUGGAAUGAAUUAACCCUAAGUUUUGUUUGGAGCAAUUUUUGGCUUCGAUAUAUUUAAAUAUUUCAUUUAUUACUGAACACAGACUUUAUACUUUUUUUACAAUUGGUUGAGUUUUAGUUUUUUAUUUUCAAUUAAAGAUUGAAUGGCUAAAAAUCUAUUGGAAAGCUUUUUAUGCCCUUGACUGAUGAAAUGUAUAAUAUACGCAUCGUGUGAACGCGCUCCAACUGUUAAGCUGUCAAUUUGGAUAAUCAAAAAUUUGACAUUUGUACACCAACGUGUUUAUGACAUUAAACACACAUACACAUCGAUCAAUUUGUCAUUGCGGGAGCGGCGAUAUUUGUGAAAAAAUAUUUGCUGGGGAUUUGGUGAAUGAGUUAAUAAAACAGUAAAUAAUUUAAAAUACAUAUUCAAAAGUGAUAUAUGUGGUAUUGAAAUAUGGACCGGAUUAUGUAUUAAUUUGGAAGGAAGUAAAACCUGGCUAUUGUUUGUAAAAAGUUUUUUUGUAUGUAUGCUCAUAUGUAUAUAAAGAAGUGAAAAUUUUGACCAUAUAAAGUCGAACGUACUUAAAAUUUUCCAAGUUUGAUAUUCAAAAGUGUUGGAAUUUCAGCAUACUACUAUUUGGGCGACUGUUCUAAAUAUAUAUGCUACUAUAUUGCUUCAUAC